UUGCAGUUUCUAAUAAUGGAAGAACACAUUUGUGAGCUGGAAGCAAUUUCUGCAAUUCCAUAGGCAAAUUUUGAAUUGGUGUGUGACUUAGGCAAAUCCUGAAUUGGUCUACUUUACUAGAAAUGUAUGUUGCAGGAAAACUUAUCGAGUCAUUUCUUUUGCUUUUUGUUUCUAUUUCCGAAAACGCUUUCGAAAUUGUAUAUCUGUAAUGAAUUCUUAUAAGGAAAUGUCAUUUUGACUGUUUACCAUUUCAGUUUUUUCUAUCUGAUCAUUUUCCGUUUCCGUGCUAUUUAAGUAGAAGAAAAGAACUAAGUUAAAUGUGUUUCUAAUAGCUAAUACCUACGAACAUCUUCAACUUGUUUAUAAGUGAACAGAAAAUUUUAAUUUAUAUAUGUUUUGCUAAAACUUAAAAGUAGGUGUCAAUGUCAUGGACAAAAAUAAAAUUAAAGUAAGAGCAGUAUAUUUCCACUAUAUCCACAAGUUGUUCUGGAAGAUAUUAGAAUUUUAGCAUUUUGGAUACUAUAUUACGACAAUGGUAUAUAAAUUAUUACUCUCUGUAGAUUUAUUAAUGUGCAAUGCUGAACAUAUACUUGCUGCCUUAGGCCUGAAUUUGUGCAUGUGAAACAUGAAUGUAUGUUAAAGUUGGAUUGGAUGAUUGAAUUUCAAUCAUGUAAAGAAAAAAGACAAAAGGGAAAGUAUAUAUGGUCUCCUACUGGGCCAUUUUGUUUGAAAAAGGAGAAUGAUUAUUAAUCGAAACGUGAAAAUGUUGAUGGAUAUUGUUAAAUAUUGGAUGCUGAUGAUGACUCAGUGGGAAAAUAAUAUUUAUGCUAUGGCCUCAUCUUUGCAUUUUAUCUAUAAAAAGAACUUCUAUUAGCAAAGAUUUUAUCCACAGAUAUCAAAAUGAAGCUGCAAUGUGCACUUCUGCUCAUAAUAUCCUUCCUUACCUUUGCCUCGGCCAAUCCCGAUUCUGAAACUUAUAUCAUUCACAUGGACUUGUUAGCCAUGCCUAGCUCAUUCUCUCACCAUCAUAAUUGGUACCUAGCUACUCUUGAUUCUAUUUCAGAUGCUGCUACUAAAGAAACCAUCGCCCCGACCUCAAAGCAUCUCUAUACAUACACGCAUGCAAUUCAAGGAUUCAGUGCUCGUCUCACUGUUUCUGAACUCGAAUCCCUCAAGAAACACCCUGGUUAUGUUUCUUCUUCUCGAGAGCGUCCACUUAAACUUCAUACAACACACACAUCUCAGUUUCUUGGCUUGAGUUCUGCAUCUGGUGCUUGGCCAGCUACUAAUUACGGUGAAGAUAUGAUUAUUGGUUUGGUUGAUACUGGAGUUUGGCCAGAGAGUGAGAGCUUUAAUGAUGCAGGGCUGACUCCAAUUCCGUCGAGAUGGAAAGGGAAAUGUGUGUCAGGAACUCAGUUCAAUUCUUCCUUCUGCAAUAAGAAACUCAUUGGUGCUCGUUAUUACAAUAAGGGCCUACUGUCGAAAAAUCCAGGCGUGAAGCUUGAGAUGAACUCUUCGAGAGAUACAGACGGACACGGAACACAUACUGCAUCAACUGCUGUAGGAAGCUUUGUGAAGGGAGCAUCCUAUUUUGGUUAUGCAAAUGGCACUUCUAGCGGAAUGGCGCCGCGGGCUAGAGUAGCCAUUUAUAAAGCAAUUUGGAGAUAUGGGGUUGCUGAAUCUGACGUUCUUGCUGCAAUUGACCAAGCAAUUGAAGACGGGGUGGAUAUAUUGUCCCUGUCGUUAGCGUUUCAGAUGGAUGACAUCUUUUUGGAAGAUGAUACAAUUGCAAUAGCAACUUUUGCAGCUAUGCAGAAGGGAAUAUUUGUAGCAGCUUCAGCUGGAAAUGAUGGCUCUUCAGACUCUACAGUGGUCAAUGGUGCUCCAUGGCUAUUGACAGUCGGAGCAGGCACUAUAGACCGUGAAUUCGGAGCAACUUUAACUCUAGGCAGUGAGAAUCAAAUAAAGCUUACUACAUUGUAUCCUGGAAAUUAUUCUCUAAGCCAAAGAUCUCUUGUUUUCUUGGAUGGGUGUGCAAGUGUAAAGGAAAUGAAGAGAGUCCGGAACAAGAUUAUUGUGUGCAAAGACAAUCUAAGCACCAGUGGUCAAGUUGAAAAUGCUGCCUCUGCGGGGGUUUCAGGAGCUGUUUUUAUAACCGAUAUAUAUGUAUCAGAAUUCUACACUCGAAACUCAUUUCCAGGAGCAUUUGUCGGUUUGGCAGAUGGGCAGAAGAUAGUGGAAUAUAUUCACAGGAGCAAUGAUCCAAAAGCACGUUUGGAAUUUCAGAAGACGAAUACGGGCACAAAGCCAGCACCAAUGUUGGAUGACUACAGCUCUAGAGGGCCGUACGCAAGGUGCAAAUACGUCAUUAAACCGGACCUUAUAGCUCCGGGGACAUUAGUUCUAGCAUCAUGGUCUUCUAUUAGUUCAGUAGCCGAAGUCGGAAAAAGCCAGUUAUUUAGCAGAUUCAAUUUCGCCUCAGGCACAUCAAUGGCUGCCCCUCAUGUUGCAGGUGUGGCUGCACUUAUUAAAAAAGCGCACCCGGAUUGGAGCCCUGCUGCCAUUAGGUCUGCACUCAUGACCACAGCAAAUCCAUUGGACAACACUCAUAGCCCCAUUAAAGAUAUUGGAAGCUCUCAUUUGCCAGCCACUCCUUUCGCUAUGGGAUCCGGCCACGUAGAUCCGAACAAGUCUCUCGAUCCUGGACUCAUCUACGAUGCUACAUCCAAGGAUUACAUAAACCUUCUCUGUGGAAUGAACUAUACGGCGAAACAGAUAAAAAUCAUCACAAAAUCCACUCAGAGCUGCAAAACCAAGUCUUUGGAUCUUAACUAUCCAUCUUUUGUUGCUUACUUCAGUAGCAAUCUAUCUGAAACGGGCAGAGUUGUGUUCGAAUUUCGCAGGACUGUAACUAAUGUUGGAGAAGCGUUGUCCAGUUAUAGUGCAAAGGUGAUCAUGCCAUCAAGUGGAAUAAAGGUGACUGUGGAGCCAAUGAAAUUGGAGUUCAAAAAGAAGAAUGAGAAGCUGAGCUAUAAAGUCUCUUUGGAGGGUCCAAAAGCAAUGGAAGAUUAUGUGGUCCAUGGUUCUUUGAGCUGGGUGCAUGAUGGUGGCAAAUAUGUUGUUCGAAGUCCUAUAGUGGCCACAAAUUUAGUCCCAGAGAUUAUUGACGACUAAAUGUUAGUCUUGUAUCCAAUAAGUGGUUUCAUUAUUAUUACCACAUUAUGAGAAUGAUAAAGAUUUCGAUUUCAAGUACCGUGAAUGUAAGGAAAUGAAUCCAUGCUGUGUAGUUCAAAUGGUUCAUUAAUGGGCGUCAA